CGAGACCAUACGAGACUUCGAAAAAAGAUCUGGCGGCCGCGAGAUGCACAGUGCGAUCGUGACGACCGAGAAAGGUCACGUGCUCCUCGCGCGCUACUUCCGCGCGACGACGACCGAGGGAAAGCGUGCGUAUGAGCAAGCACUCUUCGCUGCUGUGCAGUGGCCCGCGCUCGCGACAACUGAGUCGGCUACCGGCGACGCAGUCUUCUUCGCCGUGUGCCACAACCACUAUGUUGUGUACCGCAAACACGGCGACCUCGUGUGGUUCCUAGCCGGUGGCCUGGAGUAUGACGAGCUUACUCUGCACGACACACUCGUCACCAUCCAAGCUGUCGCCGCAGCUCACAUGGAGAAGCGUUGCACGGAAGCGCUUUUUCUCGCUAAUCACUCAAAGAUUGUUGUCGCGCUUGACGAUAUGAUUCACGAGGGUCAUCUCGACGUGACGGAGGUGCAAAGUGUGCUGCAGAUGACGAAGCUAAAGCCAUAUCCUACCAAGGUGUGACUGCGCACGAAUUACGUGUAUAUAUAUAUCAGUUCGCUACUACUCUAAUCACAAUGAAAGAUCAUGUAUGCCGGGAUGUAAGUGG